AGACAAUGCUUAAAAACUCCCUUGGUUGAUCUCAUCAGAAAAGAACAAAUAAAUUAAAAAGAACGAUGGACUACUUGACUGGAUUGAAAGGUCCAGCGUGACUUCCUUGAUGAUUUGCUUGAUAAACGACAGAGGCUGUCACGUUGGAAGGGAGGGAACUUGUUCUUUGUUGCGCACAACCCUGAAGAGUCCACCACGCGCGCCUCCUGAGUCUUGGCUCGCUCCACUGUUGGCCCUGACAGAUGAGACAUGCCUCGAAGACCGACGCUGUUCUUGUAUUUUGUUGAGUUCCCGCCUGUUUCACAUCACAUUGUGCCCCUUUGAGCGAAGGAGCGGUCGAGGAGAGUUGUAGGACGCGCGGCGCGCACUUGAACCAGCUGGCGAGAGAAGCGCAAGGAUCCCCGCUUUCAAAAAAAGAUGAAUGACACGGACAUUUCCUGCCACAACUCAACCGAGCCGUCAUGUGGAAACGCAACCGCAUCAUCCUCGAGUUUCAUCGACAUCACCACUUUCAUGCACAUUUUUCCGUCCAUUUAUGGCAUUCUGUGCGCCGUGGGAGUUCUGGCCAACGGCUUGGUCAUUUACGCGGUGGCUGCGUGCAAGAAAAAAAUGGUGUCGGACAUUUACGUGCUCAACUUGGCCAUAGCAGACAUGCUUUUCCUCUUGGUGAUGCCUUUCAACAUCCAUCAGCUGGUCCGAGACAGGCAGUGGGUCUUCGGGAACUUCAUGUGCAAGGCGGUGGUGGUGGUGGAUGUGAGCAACCAGUUCACCACCGUGGGAAUAGUUACCGUGCUCUGUAUUGAUCGCUACAUUGCCAUUGUUCACCCCACCUCAGAGCGGAGGACCAUUCACUGGACGAUCACGAUCAACGUGCUGGUGUGGAUCGGCAGCUUCCUCCUAACCGUGCCAGUUAUGUUGUAUGCCAAAGUUGUACGCAGACACCAUUUGCAGGUCUGCAUGAUGUAUCUUGAUGGGCCCGAGGACAUGUACUGGUACACCCUCUACCAAUCUAUCCUGGGCUUCAUCAUCCCCCUAAUCAUCAUUAGCACCUUUUACUCGCUCACGCUCUACCACGUGUUCAGCUCCAUCCGUCGAGUCAAACGCAAGCAGACCACGUGGGCCAAGAGGGCCACAAAGAUGGUGCUGAUGGUGAUCGCUCUGUUCCUGAUCUGCUGGUCACCCUACCACGUCAUCCAGGUGAUGAACCUGCGCAACAAUUCCCCGACCAUCGCCUUUAUCUACGCCUACAACAUCAGUAUCUGCCUCAGCUACUCCCAUAGCUGCAUCAACCCGCUAAUGUUGCUCAUCUUUGCCCAAAAUUACCGUGAACGUCUUUGUCGCAGCAACACGCGCAACAAUUCCCAGCACUCAUCCAAGUUGACGGUGGUCAAAACAGAGGGUUCCAGUAUGGCCCUUGAACCCAGUUAUCGUUGUACUGCCAUUUAGUGACAAACUUGUUUGGCAGAGAGACAUGGACAAGUUGCUGUUUGUUCGAAUGGACAAGAUAAUGUAGCCCGUGAAAUUCGUACAACAGAUACCACACUGAGAGUGUCAGGUUCGGCAAAAGAGGUGAAGCGCAUUUGUGUCCUUACUGACGGAACGUUAGCACUGGUCCAAGCAUAUAAACAAUGGAAGAUGGGAUGCUGAGGUAGCGCUCAAGUUUAACUGUUUGAGGAUGUCAUAAUACUGGGAGCUCCCUAUGUCGGUCAAUGUGUUUUGAGAGAGUGGUUCAGAUUUUGGCCCUGUUGUGAUGUCACUGCCAUAACAAAGAUCUGCGGUUAGCGCUACCAUGUCAACGCCAAGAGCAACGCAGAGCUUACGUGUUCGAUACACAAAUUAGCAGGUGCUUUGUACCAACAUUCCAAAACAACCACAAUGUGACAUAAAGUUCAAAAGGACCCUCAAACUCGCAGGAGAAUCUCCUCAGGCUCGGGGGGCCAACUCUGCUUCAGUACACUAUACAUAUUUGGCUAUACCUCUGAUUUUUUGUUUUUUUUUUUUCCAGUUGCUACGUUUCUGACGAGAUCAAAGCUCAUUUGUCGUCACGGUAAUGGAAUGACCUAACAGUUCCCCAAAGUGGCUGCUGUAAACAGGGCUAUUUUAAGAGGGUGAUCAGUGCAUGGUAAUUGAUCCUUUGGGUAUUUUGACUGAAAGUAUAGACAUUUUAACAAAAAUUCAGAGAAGUGUUUUAAAUGUAGGAAAAUUGAAUGCAUAGUGACUACUAUUUUAACAGUUUUUCAAAUGUUUGCCAUAACUCCACUUUGUUUAAUCAGUUUUCAGUUAAAGUGGUAAAGCCCCCUUAUCACAUAUUUUGUUCUAGGUACCAUUCGUUUCAAUAUUAAUGUUGAUGGUUGAUUAAUUCACUCAAUUAUUAUAUGAAAUUUCUGUUUUGUAUACUGUAUUUUGUUGUCCUACAAAAGUGGAGGAUGAUGGUUUGUCACAUUCAGGCUUCUUGUUGGGCGGACGGCAGUGAGAGCAGUGUGGUAAACACGUCUCAAGAUGAUGCAGAGAAAGGUCAACACACGGAUACACAAUCAGGAAUGCAAGGCGGGCCAAAUUGCCCAUGUCACUUGCAUCUUCGGAAAGGGGAGAUCUUGCAGUUGACCUGCCAAUGUCAUGUGCCGACCCCAGCGAGUCUAUUUCCGUUAAGCAUGGCCCACUUGCGCAUACAGUGCCUCCGACCUCCCUGAUUUCUAUGCAAAUGAGGGAUGCCCCUAGGAUUGGCCGGGAAAAAAAAUCUUUCCAUCCCACAAAGGUGCACAAAGGCACAAACGCUCCAUUACAGCCAAUUCUGCUUGCGCAAAAUUUAGCAAAAUACCAAAAGAAAGAAAACGCCACCCAUGCACACAGCUAGACCAUGCUGUGUGC